AUGGGACAGUGCUUGUGUCUAGAAGAUAGGGUGAUCGAGCAGCCGCCGGUGAACCUUCCGUGGGAGUUGGAGGAAGAAAUACUCACACGUCUCCCACCUCACUCUCUUGUUCGAUUCAAAACCGUAUGUAAACGAUGGAACUCUCUUUUCAACGACAAGAGCUUUCUAAACAACCACUUCUCUCGCUCACGUCCUCAAUUCUUCUUCCAGACCAAUUCCAAGAUUUAUUCAGCAGACAUCAUCGAUCACAACAUCAUCGAUCCAACCAUAGAGUUGCGUGAGCUACCCGCCUCAUUUGAUAUUCCAUACGAGGAUACAAUGAAUUUCACAACCUUCACUACUUGUGAUGAGCCCUUGUUUUGUACGUAUCAGUUUUGGAAGAAUGGGACAGCGCUGUGGAAUCCGUGGCUAAGAAAGGUCCAAUGGAUCGAGUACGAACCGUACUACAAGGAUACAAUGUUCUGUAUUUCCGGCUUAGGAUACGAUAAUAGUAGACCCCAAAAGGUUUACAAGGUCUUGGGCUAUUUUUUUUGGAGACAAGGCCAAAAAGAUUACCCUUACCAGCUGAGAGUUGCCAUCUACCAAUGUACCUCUCACACGUUUACAAUUAUUGAGACACCUGACGAAGCAAAACGACCAAAUGUUUCUUUGAAUGGAAACCUGUACUGGAUUACUAGUAAUGUCGAGGGUCCUAGUGGUGAGUACUUCAUUCGAAGCUUUGAUUUCUCGACAGAGAGUUUCAAACCUUUUUGUCUCCUUCCGUGUCAGAAGAACCAUCUUUUCGAUAUGUUUAUCCUCGCAGUUUAUGAGAGAGAUCGUUUUUCCUUGUUAAAGCAAUGUCAUGAAAGAAGGAAGAUUGAUAUAUGGGUAACCAAGAAAAGUAUCGAUAUAGAGGAAGAGGAAGUAGUAUGGCUAAACUUGAUGACUUUGCCAACAAAUAACUUGCCAGCGCUGUGUUGGAUAUUUGAUCCCAUUAGUUACUUCAUCUAUGGAAAGACCCUUUUCAUGUGUUGCGGCGGCCAUCGAACUGAAGUGGCUUUUAUCUAUGUUGUAAGGGAAGAUCUUUGCAAGCAGAUUCGAAUAGGUUCUAGAUUUUUUCAGUGUUGUCACUGUGUUUAUACUCCCAAUUUUAUCUCGCUUAAUUCCAUGAUGGAGAAUUGGAGAUGUUGGAUUGGAUGA